AUGAUACAAAGAAAAAUAGAAAAUCCUAGUGUCCUAUCAAAAAAUUUAACAUAUACAUGUAAGUAUGAAUAUGAAUGUUUUUCACAAAAAAAGUACAUUUUUGUUUAUUUUCUAAAGAAAAAUAAAUAUAAUACUAGAAAAAAUUACUUUGAAGAUCAAGUACACAAUUUGCUUGUAGUAUUAAAAAAAUAUAUAUAUAAAAUAAUAAAAGGAAAAAAUUCUCAAAAAAAUAAUUUUCAUAAACUAUCCAAUUAUUUAAAGAGGCAGAAAAAUAUUGUAUAUAAAAAUAAAUAUAUUCAUUUUCAUAGUUUAUUAACUAAUGAUAAAAAUUUAAACAAAAAAAAUAGAAAGAACUUUCUUUUUAAAGGAUUUAAAAUUGAAGCAAAACAGAAUCAAAUAUUGCUUUUACUAAAAAAUGAUAAUAUAAUGAAAAAUAUUAUAAAUAGAAAACAACUAAACAUAGUACAGAAAAAAGAAGAAAACAAUAAAUUUUUACAUAGUUCACUAAAUUUUCAGACAUAUGCAACUAAAAGAAAAUACACAAAACAAGAUAUAAAUAAAUAUGUAAUUUUAAACAAGAAAAGGCUUAUAAAAAAGCCAAAGAUAUACAUGAAAAUAAAAAAUACUUCCAAUCUUAAAUUAUUAACUAUUCAAAUAGUAAAAAAUGAUAAACCACAGUUAUAUCAUAAUUCAUUUAAAAUUAAAAAUAUACUUCUUUUAAAGAAAAAAAAAGAAUUGAUAAGAUAUAAUUUAUAUAUUAGCAUGCAUGUUUAUUUUAAAAAGACAAACAUCGACUAUGAAGAUAUUUUAAAUAAUAAUUUAAGAAAAGAAAUAUGCUUAAUAUUUUUUACUAGAAUACACAGUAAUGGAGAAAAAAAUAGAGUGUAUAUUUCUUACACAAAAAAUAAUUCUACUAAUUUUUUAAAUACAUUAAAAGAACAUCUUAAUUUUCAUAAAAGAUGGAAUAUAAUUAAAAAUAUGAAUAUAAAAGAUCUUAUAAAACAAGAAAUUUUAAAUUUAAACAUCUUUAAAAAUAAACAACAUAAGUUAAUUUAUACAAAAAAAAUGAAAAAUUUUCUCUUACUAUCUAAAGGGAAAAAUCCAUUUAAAAAAAAUAGAAGCAAUGAAAAAACUUAUGCAAAUUAUUUUAAUUAUAAAAGUAAAAAUGACAUAGAAAAUGAUAAUAUCUAUCGAAGAUAUAAUAAUGACAAAUGUAAUAAUAAUAAUAAUAAUCACAAUAAUAAUAAUCACAAUAAUAAUCACAAUAAUAAUCACAAUAAUAAUAAUAAUAAUCACGAUAAUAAUAAUAAUAAUCACAAUAAUAAUCACAAUAAUAAUCACAAUAAUAAUAAUAAUAAUAAUAAUAAUAAUAAUAAUAAUAAUAAUAAUAAUAAUAAUAAUCACAAUAAUAAUCACAAUAAUAAUAAUAAUAAUAAUAAUCACAAUAAUAAUAAUAAUAAUAAUAAAGGAAAGAAAAAUGAUAAUGAAAAUAAUCGUCGUGAAAAAGAUAGUGAUAAAGAAAAUUCUUAUACGAGAAAAAAUGAAGAUAAUAAAGAAAAAGUUACCAAAAAGAAUAAAAAAAAGGUCGGAAAAAAUAAAAAUAGAAAUAUUAAUUUUAAUAAAAAGAAAAAAAUUACAAUUAAUAAUACACUUAAUAUCAAUGCAAUAAAAAACAACAGUAAAAUUAAUAAUGAAGAUAUUUUGAAAAAUAAUAAAAUACAUAGAAAAAAAGAACAUGGCAUUAAUAAUAAACAUCGCAUAAAAAAUAACAGUAUAUAUAAUAUUAAGGAUAACAAAAGAUUAAUAGACACUUGUUUAUUAAAUUGUUCAAAGUAUGAAUCAAACAGGGAAAAAAAAAGUAUGAAUAGUCGCAAUUUAAGGAAAAAAAAUUCUGAUACAUGCUAUAUUAAAAAAAAAAUAGAUCUUACUAAAAUAUACAAAAAUGUCAUAGAUUAUAAAAAAGAUAAAAUAAAUGCAAAUAAAAUUAAGAAAGAUCAAAAUUUUAUAAACGUGGAAACAUUUAAAAAUAAAAUAAACGAAAUGGAAUUAAUUAGCAAUACAAUAUCAAAAAAAAGGAAUAGCAAUUUUUUAGAUACAUCAAAUGACUCCACAAUAAAAAGAAAAUUAAGAGAAAAAAAUAGAUCUGUUCUAAUUAAUAUUAAUAAUGAAAAGAAUUCUAUGAAUACAAAGAAAAUAACAUCAGCUAAAAAAAGUAUAGAAUAUUCAGAUAUUUGCACAAAUGAAAAUAAUAAAGAAAAACGAAUUAUAAAAACUGAAAAGGAUGGCAUGGAUAAUGUAAAUAAAAAACAUUGUCAAAAAAUAAAUAUAAACUCAUUAGAAGAAAAGGAAAAAAAAAAUAAAGAAAUUGAAAAAAGAAACUUAAUAGCAAAAAAAAUUAAUUUAGAAGAGAAAGAAAAAAUAAAAUUAGCAAAUGAAAAGUAUUAUCAUGAAAAAAGUAAAAAAGAAAAUAUGUUAAAUGAAAGUGAAGAAAGAAAACAUAUUAUGAAUAAAAAAGAUAAUCUUUUAAUGAAAAAUGAAAAUUUGAGUGAUAUAGAAAUAAGUGACAAUAAUAAUGAGAAAAAUUAUUCCAUUAUAAAUGAUAACGAAAAUCAUAACAGUUCUACAGGGCAUACAGAAGUUAAUAUUGAGCACAAAUAUAAAUUAAAUAUAAAUUCAAAAAUUAAUAAUAAGAGAGAUUCAAACUUUAGAAUGAAAAAAAAAAUUAAAAAGGAAUUGAAUAACUAUUUAUCGAAAGAUAGUAAUGUAAUACUAUAUGAAAAUUUAAGAAAUAAGAAAAUAAAAAUAAGUAAUAAUAAAAAUAUUGAAAACUCUGUAAAUAAUAAUACAUCAGAGGCAGAAGAGAAAACAUGUAAUACAGAAGUUAAUAUAAAUGACAAUUUAAAAGAUCAAUUUGUACAUAAAAAUGAAAAUUUAUUAGAUAAAAAUGUAUCCUUUUCAAAUGUUCACGUAAUGAUAGAUCAAUUAAAAAAUACAGAAGAAAAUAUAAAAAAAAAUACAUAUAAAAGUAUCUUCAACAAUAAACAUUUUAUCCUUAAUGAAAAUGAUUAUUAUAAAAAUUAUGAAUUAUUGAAAAGUAUAUAUAACAAUAAUUUAUUAUAUAAUCAAAAGCAAAAUGAUACUGAAUAUCCCUAUAGUCAAAUAAUACAAAAUAAUCAAGAAUUACUAGAGGAAAAUUGUUUUAAUAAAUUUCUUGAUUAUAACAUAAAUGAUUAUUUAAAUAUUUCUAAUAAUAAUUUUAAUGAAUAUAAGUCUAAUUUACAAUAUGAUUUUUAUCGAUUUCAACCACUAAUUGUAAAAAAUAGCGUUAAUGAUAAUAAUAUUCAUACAACAAUGAUGCAUUUAAACAAUUGCAAUUGCGAGUCGAUACCAGAUAAUUAUAAAAAUAACUUUUUCAUUAAUUAUAAUAAAAUUAAUAAAUAUAAUUGCAUACAUGAAAUAAACUAUAUAAAAAAUACUAAUGAGUAUAAUUCAAAUCCUCAAAAAAUGGUCAAUAUAAAAGAUAUAAUAGAACAAGAAUGCAUGGAUAAUAAAGAAAAAAGUUUAAACGUUUCAAAUAAUUUAAAUAAUAACUAUCAUCCAUUAUUUCCUUCUAACAACUUUUUUAAUGAUAUAAUACUUAAUCAAAAAGUUAAAAAUGAUUUAUCAAAUAAUUAUAAUGUUAACUGUCAUUUAAAUAAUAAUGAAACAAAAGAUACUAUAAAAAAAAAGAAUAAUAUUAUUAAUAUAUACAAUGAAGAAAAUAAUAGAAAAUAUAGCAAUUCUAUCAAAAAAAAAACAAAUGAAAUCAGUAACAAUAGCAAAUCAUUAAAUAAUAGAGAGAAAUAUAAUAAUGAAGAAUAUGAUUCUGACAAUUUUAAUAAUAAUAAUGAUAAUUUGAAAAAUGAAAACUAUAAUAUUACAAUGAAUUCAUUAGAUAACAUGAAUGUUAAAAAUAUGCAUACAAAAAGAUACAAAGAAAAUCCUAUAAUCAAUUCUGAAGAAUAUAUUAAUGCUAUUUAUGGAUAUAAAGUAGAUGAAUAUAAAGUAAACAAUUAUAAUAAUUAUAAUGAAGAAUAUAAAAUUAAUGAAGAUUCAAACCAUACAAAUACAAGCAUAAAUAGUAAAAUUAUCAUUAAUUAUAUGAAUAAGUAUAAUAAUAUGAAUGAUAACAAUCUUUAUAAUAUGAAUAUAUGUGUAAAUGAUAAUUUUAGUGAUAAUCAAAAAAAUAAUACUAUUAAGAAUAAUAUUAUUAAUAAUACUUCAAAAAAUGAUAAUAUAAAUACAAAAAAUACAUAUGAAAUAUAUGAAUUUUCUGAUAAUUUAAAUAAUAGUAUUAAAAAAGUAAAUGGCAACUUAAAUAAUAUUGAAAAAAAAAACUCUAAUUAUAUCAAUGAAGAAAAAAAAAACAAAUUAAAUUAUUUGAAUGAAAACAAAGAAAAUUCAAAUAAUUUUAUUAAUAAUAGAUUAAAUGGAAUAAAUUAUACCAAAAAUGAGAAAGAAUAUAAUAUAAAUAACAAUUUAAGCAAUAUAAAUGCCUUUAAUUAUAUAAAUAAUAAUUUAUAUAAAUUUCAUAUUUUAAAUAAAAAAUGUUAUGUCGCUAAUAAUGUUAAUAAAUGUGAUAGUAUAAAUAAUUGCAAGGUACUAAACAAUUUAAGUUCCAUAAAUACUAAUUUUAAUCAUUUUCAAAAUAACUUAAAUAAAAUAAACUAUAUAAAUAAUGAUACAAACUAUGAAAUGAGUAAAAUUUACUAUACAAAUAGUAAAAAUGCAAGAAGCUAUACAGAUGAAUUAAAUAUAAAUUAUUUAAAAACUAGUGAUCAAUAUGAAUCGAAAAUUAAAUCAUCAACAAUUAAUAUUUCUAAUGACAAAGAAAUUAAAGAAAAUAAUAUAAAUAAAUGUUAUAAUAGCAAUAAUAAUAAAAAUAUUAGUGCCAAUAAUAGCACUAACAAUAAUAGUAAUUACAAUAAUAAUAAAAAUCAAAAUAAUAAUAAUACUAAUAGUAAUAAUAAUAAUAAUUAUAAUAAUAAUAAUAGCUAUCAAAAUAAUAAUAAUAAUAAUAAUAAUAAUAAUAAUAAUAAUAAUAAUAAUAGCAAUCAAAAUAAUAAUAAUAAUAAUAAUAAUAAUAAUAAUAACAAUCAAAAUAAUAAUAAUAACAAUCAAAAUAAUAAUAAUGAUGAAAACAAUAAUAAUAAUAAUAAUAAUAAUAAUGAAAGCAGUAAUAAUAAUAAUAAUGAUUACAGUAAUGAUACAAAUAAUGAUAUCAGCAUGAAUAGUAACAAUAAAUUCAACAUUCAUAUAUGUAAUAACAAUAAUAAUUAUAGUAACAAUGGCAAUAAUAAAAACAUUAAUAACACUAACAGUAAUGAUAACGGCGAUAAUACUUAUAUAAAUAAUAAAAAUGAUAUUAAUAAUGAUAGUAAAUAUAACAUUAAUAAUAUCGAUAAUAAUGAUUAUAAUAAUAAUGAUUAUAAUAAUAAUGAUUAUAAUAAUAAUGAUGAUAAUAAUAACAGUAAUAAAAAAAAAAACAUAAAUGAGUUAAAUAAUCAUUCUAACAAUAUUGACUAUGAAAACAAUAAUACUACUAUUAUAAGUCAACUAAACAAUAUACACAACGAUUGUAAGAUAAAUUUUAUAAACAAUGCUAUGAAAAAUAUUAAUGAAAUAAAUUACCUAAAUUUCAGUUCGAAUAAUAUAAAUAGUAGUUUAAAUAAUACACAAAAAUCAAAUUAUAUGAAUAAUGAAUGUAUGAAUAAUCUUAUAAAUCAAAUAAAUUAUAAAGAUUACAUAACUAAUAUGAAUUAUUUAAAUACUUUAAAUCAUUUCAACAAUAACUUGAAUGAUUUAAAUUGUUUAAAUAAAACAAUACAACUAAAUUGCAUAAAUGAAAUAAAUAAUGAACGGUACAUAAAUAAUAUGAAUAACGAAUUACACUUUAUAAAUAAUUAUCAUAAUCAUAUAAUAACAAAUGAAAUGAAUAUUCAAAACAAUUAUAAUGAUAUAAAUCGCUUCAAUAAUAAUAAUACCUUAUAUAUAAAUGAUAGAUUUUUUUCCAUGAAUCGAACACUUGACUUCAAUAGUGAUAUAAUGAAUAAUUCUACCAUUGAUGAAUUGCCACACAAUGCAAAUAUUGACCAAAAUUCGAAGAAUAUACACAAUUUUCACAAAAAUGGACUGAAUUAUAAUGAAUUAAAUUGUAUGAACACAAAUUAUUCAAACUUCACAAAUAAUAAUAAUGAAAAAAAAAUUUUAAAAUAUGAUGAUUUUAUUUUUGGUAGAAAAAAAGAUGUAUUAAAAAAAAGAUAUGAAAUGCAAAAAGCAAUAUUACUAAACGUUGACGAUAAAUUAAAGGAAAUGGUAGAAGAAAUUGUAUAUAAUGCUUCUUUAUUACCAGAAAAAGGAUUAAGAGGAAGAAAUACUUUAGAUUGUAAUCAUCCAAUUCACAGUGUAUGGAAAGAUACUACUAGAGGACAUUGUUCAUGGAGAUGUAGGUGGUGGGAAAACGGGAGAAGACUAAGUAAAAAUUUCAACGUAAAAAGAUUUGGUAACGAUGGAGCUUUGAGAAUGGCUGUAACAAUGAAAUUAAAAAAAAGUGCGCCAAAAGAACAGUUGCAAUUAUUAAAACAACAAAGGGACUUUUUAAAAUUAUGCUAUGUUAACAAUUGGAUAAAAGAUAAUAAAGAAGGUAAUAAAAGACGUUCUCUUAAUUCUAAUACUACAAAUAAUGUAAACGAUAUUAGUAAUGCUAAUAACAAUAGUACAGAUAAUCAAUUAAAUGAGGAACAAAAUGACAAGUCUUCAACUCAUUUUAGCAGCCCAUUAAGUAAUAAAAACAUCAAUCCUUACAAUUGUGUAAAACAAGAAAAUACCCCAAAUAAUAAUAAUGAGAUGAAACACAAUGUAUGUAUGAGUAAAUUCCAUAAUCCUCUAUUGUUGCCUAAUCAAGAAGAAAAUGUUUUAAAAAGCAAUAUAAUCAAUGAAAAAUAUUAUGUUCACAAUUCAUAUGGAAGCAUAAAUGAAAUUAUAAAUGAAACAUAUAAGAAUUAUAAUAAUACAUUACAUUUAAAAAAUAAAAGUAAUAAUUCUUACGAUAUAAAUAACAAUUUCAACAAUGCAAUUAUUUCUGCACAAGGAUAUAAACAUAAUGAAAAUACUAUAAUAAAUAAUAAUUAUAGUGCAAAUUGUGAUAUAUAA